AAAGUAAACAUUACCACAUGGGUCGAGAGUUUGGGUGCAGACUACGGUACUUCAAGUUAGAAACUACCAAACACGGGCCCGAUUAUGGCGCCCUGUCCGAUUCACACCUUGCGGUUCUUCGCUUUGGAACCCUCGGCCAUCCAUGCCAUGGCCUGGAGUGCCCAAAUAAAAUGUUUGGCCGUGUCACGGGCCGACAACUCGAUCGAGUUGUGGGACUUUGCCCAGCCUUCGGCCCCUUGUUUGUGGAAAUGGCUGGCUGGGAACGCUGAAGCCUCCAUUGAGGCCCUGAGUUGGGCUGGACCCGACCAAGACCGCCUCUUUUCUACCGGCUUGCACGGAUUGGUGUUGGAGUAUGAUUUGGUACGGUUGGCGACCAAGCACCAAUCGGCCGUGACUUCGGGUCCGGCGUGGUGUAUGGGCGUGCACGGCGAUCGGUUGGCCGUGGGCACGGAAGAGGGCUACGUGUGUCUUUUUCGCAUUUCGUCCGAUGGAUUGGAUUACGACAAGGUAUUGGACAAGCAAGAAGGGCGAAUCCUGUGCUUGGCGUGGCAUUCCUCGGGCCGAUAUAUCGUCACGGGCUCACCCGACACCAUUCGAGUUUGGAACGUAGAAACAGGUCAUCCCACCCAACGCAUGACCACGGGCCGACUUGAAAAGCACAAGGAAACCAUCGUUUGGUCGGUGGGAGUAUCCGACGACCUGACCAUCAUUUCGGGCGAUAGCCGUGGCAAGACAUCGUUCUGGAAUGGACAGAAAGGCACACUACUCGACACCUAUCAAACCCACAAAGCCGACGUGCUGGUGGUGGCUUUCAACCCCGACCAAAAUGUGGCCUAUUCCAGUGGCGUGGAUCCGCUCAUCGUUCAUUUUCAGCCCAUUGUUCGACCCCACGGGGAUCGCCUCAAGUGGGUCAAAUCGAUCCACCGCUCCGUUCACACGCACGAUGUCCGCGCCAUGGUUUGUUUAAACAACAUGUACUUCAGUGGGGGCGUGGACACCCAUUUGACCCUAAGCGAUGUGGCCACCAAAACCGUGUCUCGAUAUCCGCCCUUGCCUCGCUCCGAGUGUGCUCAUUUAGCCGAAACAGCCCGGGCCAUUCUGUUGCAGUACCAACGACAUUUGGAAUUGUGGCAGUUAUGCGAGUUACAACAGGUCCUACCUGAUCCGCAAGCCACGCCGCUUCGCCCGGGUUCCACAUAUGUCCCUCCGGAAGAGCCCGAGAAAUUGCUCUACCUCGAGACGAAGGACGAUGAAAUUAUUCGACACGCUCACAUCUCCGAUCAAGCCAACUUAGUGGCAUACGUGACCAGCACGCGAUUGUGCGUCUUCCGAUUGACCUUUCAGCCACGACCCAAGAUCCAUAAGUUCGCCUUAGAAGACGCCAAUAGUCGUUUUGAAUUGCCGCACAUUUUCCGAUUCUACCGCGACCACAAGACCCAAGACCAAUUCCUCGUUACGGGCACAGAUUUAGGCAACCUUCAAGUGUUCGCCAUCCAGGAUCAAGCCUUCACGCUGAAAAAGACCUAUUUAGGGCACGAUCUCGGUCUGAGUACCUCCAUCGCCCAAUUGAAAGUGGAUCAGAAAGGUCGGCGCAUCGUUGUGAGCGAUCACGACGGACAUCUGGUGUGCAUCAAUGCUCAAGAUGGCAAGCUUAUUACCCGUAUGGCCAAGUAUCAAAACGCACGCAUCGUGGCCUUGGCGUUCCGCAAACGCACUUCAGAGUUGCUCGUGACCUACUCGGAUCACAAGCUAGCCACAUUCGACUUGGUCACUGGGAAGCAUUCAAAACUGGGUCUCAAAACGUGUCUUCCCAAGGAAUGGAAUCGGAAGAAGAAAUGCACGCGAGGCGUUCUGGAAGGAGCGAAUGAGCGCGUGAUUCUAUAUGAUGAUCUUACUCUGUGUUCCAUUGAUACCCGACCCAAAACGAUGACUCCCGCACAAACACCGACCAAGAAGGAGAGAAAGGAAAAGAAUGGCUUGUACAAUCCCGGUCAGGUGGCUAGUAUCCCGAAGCUUUUGAGUAAAUAUGAACAUUUGGUCUAUCUGGGUGCUAUAGACGAAGCUCUGGUGGCGGUGGAAGUGAAGGCUCAAAGUAUUGAAGCUCAACUACCGCCCAGUCUACGACAGAAGAAAUUCGGAGUAAUGUAAAUGUUGAUGAGCUUACUUUUGAAUUAUUCUUAUUAUGAAAGUAUAAACGGAUAAACAUA